AUGUCCGUAAACCGUACCGCUUCCGUCUCCUCGGCCGGCAAUCACCGCUCGACAUCGUCCUCGUCGGCAAAGUCCAACAGAGAGCACCUUCUCCCCGAGGCCGAUGUGCAAGCCCAGGUCGUGGCAGAGCAUCUGCCGGCCGGCUUCACUGCCGAAUUCGACGCUACCCUCCCCGCGCCCAAGUCCAAACCGGCCUUGGCCACCACCUCCCGCUCCAACAGCACCGCCAACACGACAAAAAACCACUCGACCGCCGCCGAAUCCUCCCUCAAACUCCAAGGCGGCGACAUCCACCGUGAGCUUUUCCGCCUCGCCGCAUCCGAAGGCGGUCCCGGUGGUACCUCUCAGAUCAGAUCCGGCUCGGUACACCGGCGCGCAAACACUUUUCACAACCCGCGAGAAUACCGCCGCUCCCUCGCCGCCGAGGAAGGCCUCAGUGUGGGCGACCAGUUAGCGCCGGGUGGGUUCCGCCGGGCCUAUCUCCUCCAGAAAAGAAGAAAUGGCAAACCAAAUGACUUCUAUGCUGCCCGAAUGCCGAUCACGCGAAACUUUGUCGAGUUUUUGAAUUUGUACGGGCACUUUGCGGGUGAGGAUUUGGAGGACAGCGACGAAGAGGCGGUGGAGUCCGAGUCGGAAGAUGAAGAUGGGGAGAGGAGGCCGCUUUUGACAACGACGAGGGAGCGGCAAAGGCAACGGGAAAGAGAAGAGGAGGCAGAAGGGAGAGAGGGAGCCGGCAUGACCAAGACUUUUUUUACUCUGCUCAAGGCGUUUGUCGGGACGGGGAUCAUGUUCUUGCCCAAGGCCUUUAGCAAUGGUGGCUUGCUAUUUAGCAGCUUGGCCAUGGUGGGGGUGUCGGCGAUUUCGAUGUGGGCGUUUCACCUGCUACUGGAGCUGAAGGAGAGGUAUAGGGGAGGCUAUGGCGAGAUUGGGUAUGCCGUUGCCGGGGGCAGGAUGAGGGGCCUGAUUUUGGCGAGUAUCGCGCUGAGCCAGUUGGGGUUUGUAUGCGCGGGCAUUGUGUUUGUGGCGGAGAAUUUGUUGACAUUCUUCGAGGCGGUGAUGAAGGAUAGUAGGAGCUUCACAACGGCUGGACUAAUCGCGCUGCAGUUGGUGAUUUUGGUACCUUUGAGUUGGAUCAGGAAUAUUUCCAAGCUGGGACCUGCGGCAUUGCUGGCGGACGCGUGUAUCCUGGUUGGGGUUACCUACAUUUAUUGGCAUGAUAUCACGAGUUUGGUGGAUAUGGGAGGGAUGGACAAGGGCGUGGUCAUGUUCAACCCGGAUAGGUACACCAUGAUGGUUGGGUCGGCCAUUUUCACAUUUGAAGGGAUCGGCCUGAUUUUGCCCAUUCAAUCGAGCAUGGCCAGGCCGGAAAAGUUCGAGUGGUUGCUUGGCGUUGUGAUGUUGAUCAUCACUAUCGUUUUCACAAGCGUCGGCGCCCUGUGCUAUGCCACCUUUGGUCUGGACACUCAGAUCGAAAUCAUCAACAACUUUCCCCAAGAUUCAAAGCUUGUCAACGCGAUUCAGUUCCUGUACUCGGUUGCCAUCCUGGUCGGCACGCCGGUUCAGCUGUUUCCCGCGCUCAGAAUCCUCGAAACCAAGAUCUUUGGACGCAAGUCAGGCAAGAAGAGUUUGAAGACAAAGUGGAUCAAGAACGGGUUCCGCUUCGCCAUGGUUUGCCUUUGUGGAGUCAUCUCGGUGCUGGGAACAGGAAAUCUUGACAAGUUUGUCGCACUUAUCGGGAGUGCGGCUUGCGUUCCGCUCGUCUACGUCUACCCAGCCUGGCUUCACUACAAGGGGGCGGCCGAAACCAAGGCUGCCAAACUUGGAGAUCUUGCCAUGGUGGUACUGGGCUUGGUGGGGAUGGUGUACACGACGGCUGUGACGAUUAUUAACAGCUUCAUGUAA